AUGAUUUGGGAAUAUUACGCUGGUAAAGUGAUUUUCAUCACCGGAGGUUCAGGUUUCCUAGGGACUACUCUGAUUUACCGUCUUGUCAAGCGAGCACCUGUGGCCCAUAUCUAUGUUCUGUGUAGAGGCGGCCUUCGGAAACUCGUUGAAAAAUGGAACCAAUGGCUCCCACGUGAAACUGUGGAAAUGAUGACUGACCCUCAGCUUCUCACUGUCCUGGAGGGUGAUAUGUUACUCCCCGACAUGGGGCUGGCACAGGACCAGCUGGCUUUGCUCAGGACUCAAGCGGAAGUCAUCGUGCACGCAGCUUCUUCUAUUGCACUACUAAAGCCACUGGAGAAGAUUUUCAGACCGGUAAUCGUUGCCACAGAGCGCCUGGCACGGCUAGCUCUAGGCUGCGAAAGACUUGAAUGCUUCGUAUUCGUGUCAACGGCCUAUAGUAAUGCUCACCUUUAUGCCGAAACAGAUGGAACAUCUGGUCUUGAGGUCCAAGAGACUCUGUACCCUCUCCAUCGCGACGGUAGCGAUAUAGAAGACAUCGACCAAGAGUUACAGGAAGUCUACAAAACAAACUCCUCAGCAGCCUAUCGCUCGCACAAUUUCCCUUGGGCGUAUGGCUACGCAAAGCACCUAACAGAGAGACUCCUCCAUCGAUUAUUUACGCCAUCCAACAAGAGACUGCUUAUCGUGCGGCCAUCCAUAAUCGAGCCAGCGCAAUGUUUCCCCUAUCGGAAAUUCUGCAUACCAAUGUCGACUCCCCAUAUUAUUUUUGCAGCCGGACUGGCCCUCACCCUAUCACGAACUAUCCGCUUCUCUUCACGAUUCGAUAACCCCUACCACCAGUCCAGCAUCGACUAUGUCCCCGUGGAUGUGGUAGUUGAUCGACUUCUGGCCCAUGUGGCACACGGCACCCAUGGUGCUAUCCAUGCCGUCGCCGGUCCAAUGCCAUUCCAAUCUACCUGGGAGCGGACAAUCAAACUGCGCCGUAUUCCUUCACGCAUUCGGCCAGGAUGGACUCGUCAGUCCUGGCAUUCAGAGGCUAUACAUCCUCUUGCCCGCGUAUAUAAAACGAUAGGAACGACUUUCUACUUUGUAGAGAAGAAGACACUGGAUCUGUGGCAGGAGCUCGCGGAUGUGGAGCGCUCUAAGCUCCACCUGUUUGCGGACAUGGAGGUCUUGUAUUAUGAUCAUGAGCACAUGCGUCCAGAUCACAUAUGGGACUGCAUGAUGCACUUGACGACGCGCAGUCGAAGUUUACUUCUUCUUCCAAAGAAUAUGUAUUACCAAUCCAAGCAGGAUAUAUCCAAUAUCCAAAACUUCCUGAGAUCAAUCAACUAUAUCCACGUCGUCAUGACCAUUGGAAUCCCCCUGCUAGGGCUCAGUCUUGCAUUAUAUGUACCCCUCCAAAUCAAAACACUCAUAUGGUCAUGCAUAUAUUGGUUCCUAUCCGGGAUGGGCAUUACAGCAGGAUACCACCGUCUCUGGGCCCACAAAACCUACUCAGCCAGCGUCCCACUUAAAGUUCUCCUCGCAUUGCUGGGUGCAGGUGCCGUCCAAGGCUCCAUCCGCAAAUGGAGCAGAGACCACAGAGCCCACCAUCGAUACGUAGAUACGGACCAAGAUCCAUACAAUGUCCACAAGGGCCUGUUCUACGCACACAUGGGAUGGAUAAUUUUUAAGCAAGAUCCUAAUUCCAUAGGUCGAGUUGAUAUAAGUGAUCUUAACGCCGACAAGGUCGUCACAUGGCAGCAUCGACACUAUGGCCGCCUACUUCUGCUAAUGGCAUUCGCCGUACCUGUUCUCGUCGCUGGCCUAGGCUGGUCAGAUUGGAAAGGAGGAUUUGUCUACGCCGGAUGUUUGCGGAUAUUCAUCAUCCAGCAAAACACCUACUGUAUCAAUUCAUUGGCACACUGGCUAGGAGAUCAGCCGUACCAGAGCACAAAAUCACCAAGAGAUAAUUUAUUCGCGGCGGUUUUGACUCUAGGAGAAGGAUACCAUAAUUUUCACCAUGAGUUCCCGGGCGAUUACAGGAAUGGGAUAGAGCGGUUUGACUUUGAUCCAACCAAAUGGUUUAUCAACUUUCUUGCUUGGGGGAAGCUUGUGUUUGAUCUUCGGGUGUUUCCAGAGAAUGAGAUCAAAAAGGGACGCUUUCAGGAACGGUCCAAGGCAUUGGCGGAGGAAUCUAAAGGGAUUGUGUGGGGCGUGCCUGAGGAUCAGCUGCCUGUGAUAAGCAUGGAGGACAUGCGGGGCGCCUGUGAGGAGGGAGUGGAUUUAAUUUGCAUUAAUGGCAUUGUAUAUGAUGUCUCGACCUUCAAACAUCAGCACCCGGGCGGAAAUGUGAUUCUAAAUGGUAUUGGGAAAGACCCAAGUCUGGUACACCACUACCUUUGCCCCCGUCUAUUUAACCCACUCCUACAAUGUCUCCCUCCCAACCAUCACCUCCACGCACCUAACACAGGCUGGUACCUCACUGUGCAACCAACCCCAGCCCUAACCGGCGCCAACGGCCUCGGUCUGUCCGCUGUGGGAAAACGCCUGAGCAUCGUCAUGCUAGCAGCCUCCUACGCCGAUACGGUUAAUGACGAAACGGUAAACAAGGCGGCGGCGAAUUUGAUCAGCUCCAUCGAGUCCGCCACCAAGACGCGGGCGUGUAUCGCGCGUUUAAGUACUUGA